UCUCCAUCUCUGUUUCUCCUCGCGCCUCCGGGGUCCUCCCGUUUUGGGGGACACUGCGCCAGGGGUCCCCCGGGCUCCGUGGCAGCGGCCACCGCAGCCGGGAGCUGCAGGCGACGAGCCGCGGCGCGCGCGGGGACCGGCCGGAGGGCGCCUGGGACCGCGGCUGCGGCUCCGGCUCCGGACGAUUGCGGGGAGCCCCUUGGCGUCGCCCCCCUUCUCUGCAGUCUGCAGCUGGGGGCGCCCCAGGCCAGCUUUGCAGGAAGCCCAUCUCCAAGAGGCAGACAGGAUGGCUAGCUCAGCCCGGGAGCACCUGCUUUUUGUGCGCCGUCGAAACCCCCAAAUGAGGUAUACUCUGAGCCCAGAGAACCUGCAGAGCCUGGCGGCUCAGAACUCUAUGCCAGAGAACAUGACCCUGCAGAGGGCCAACAGUGACACGGACCUGGUUACGUCUGAGAGCCGCUCCAGCCUGACUGCCAGCAUGUAUGAGUACACGCUGGGGCAGGCCCAGAACCUCAUCAUCUUCUGGGAUAUUAAAGAGGAGGUGGACCCCAGUGACUGGAUUGGACUUUAUCACAUAGAUGAAAAUUCUCCAGCCAACUUCUGGGAUUCUAAAAACAGGGGUGUGACUGGAACACAAAAAGGACAGAUUGUAUGGAGAAUUGAGCCUGGGCCCUAUUUCAUGGAACCUGAAAUAAAAAUCUGUUUUAAAUACUAUCACGGCAUCAGUGGAGCUCUUCGAGCUACAACCCCUUGCAUCACGGUGAAGAACCCUGCUGUGAUGAUGGGUGCAGAAGGCAUGGAAGGAGGUGCUUCAGGAAACCAGCAUUCUCGGAAGCUCGUGAGCUUUACGCUGUCAGAUCUUAGGGCAGUUGGGCUAAAGAAAGGGAUGUUCUUCAAUCCUGACCCUUAUCUGAAGAUGUCCAUUCAGCCAGGGAAGAAGAGCAGUUUUCCCAAAUGUGCCCAUCAUGGGCAGGAGAGAAGGUCUACGAUCAUCAGUAACACCACCAAUCCAAUUUGGCACCGAGAGAAAUACUCCUUUUUUGCGCUGCUUACGGAUGUUUUAGAAAUUGAAAUUAAAGACAAAUUUGCCAAGAGUCGUCCUAUUAUCAAGCGUUUCCUGGGGAAACUGACCAUCCCAGUCCAGCGACUGCUGGAGCGACAAGCCAUCGGUGAUCAAAUGCUCAGCUACAACCUUGGCAGAAGGCUUCCUGCGGACCAUGUGAGUGGGUACCUCCAAUUUAAAGUGGAGGUUACAUCCUCUGUGCAUGAAGAUGCAUCUCCUGAAGCUGUAGGCACCAUUCUUGGAGUUAAUUCUGUGAAUGGAGACCUGGGGAGUCCUUCAGAUGAGGAAGACAUGCCAGGGGGCCAUCACGAUGGUCCUUUGUGUGCCAACGGCCCCGUUUCUGAGGACAGCGCUGCAGAGGUCACCCCCAAACAUUCUUUCAGGACUAGCUCUACUCUGGAAAUGGACACCGAGGAGCUGACCUCCACUUCGUCCAGGACCUCACCUCCCCGAGGGCGCCAGGAUUCCCUCAAUGAUUAUUUAGAUGCCAUUGACCACGGCGGCCGCUGCUCCAGGCCGGGGCCAGCUCCCUGCUCCGAAAGGUCCAUGGGUGCCUCCCCAAAACUCAGGAGUAGUUUCCCCACGGACACCAGACUCAAUGCUAUGCUGCACAUUGACUCCGAUGAAGAGGACCAUGAGUUCCAGCAAGACCUGGGCUACACAUCUUCCUUGGAGGAAGACGGAGGCUUGAUCAUGUCCAGCAGGGCCUCGAGAGCGGACGACGGGAGCCUGACAUCCCAGUUGAAGCCAGAAGACAACACUGUGGAGAUGGAAGAAGCCACCUCCCUCAAUGAAGCCACCUCUUUCGAGGAGAAGCCCGAAAAUCCCCCAGAUCUUGCAGAGGGCUCCCUACCACCUGCCUCGGCCUCAGGGGAAGGUGAACAGGAUCCAGAGUGUCAACCGAGCACCGGCCAGGCCAGUGCAGAGGUGGGCAGCUGUCAGGAGGUGGAACAACCCACCAGUGGGGCGGACACAGGAACCUCGGACACGUCGGGGGGCAGCAGAAGGGCCACCAGUGAGACAGAGUCCAUGGACCAAGGUUCUGAGCCUUCCCAGGUGUCCUCAGAAACAGAGCCCAGUGACCCUGCCCGGACAGAGAGCGUGAGUGAGGCCAGCACUAGGCCCGAGGGCGAGAGUGACCUGGAAGGGGCCGACAGUUCAUGCAAUGAGAGUGUCACCACGCAGCUGUCAUCGGUGGAGACCCGCUGCUCUUCCAUGGAGAGUGCCCGGUUCCCCGAGACUCCGGCCUUCUCUUCCCAGGAGGAGGAGGAAGGAGCCUGUGCAGCCCCCGAGCCCCCCAGCAGCGAGCCUGCCCCAGGGUCUCAGGACUCUCUUUGCACUCCUGGCUCCUUACCUGCGGUGCAGAUGCCCCUGGGAGAGGAAGAAGAGCCUGGGACAGAGUCAAGCUCAGUGCCUGAGCAGGAGGAGUUGGGGGACGUCUGGCAGAGAAGGGGCAGCCUGGAGGGUGCCACUGCCACUGCCCCUGCUGCCACUGCUGCUGCUGCUGCCGCUGCCGCUGAGACUCAGCCCCAGGAGGAGGAAGACACUGGGGAGGCCCAAGGGGCUUGUGAAGGGGCCACUGCGCAGGAGGAAGAGGGUGCCACUGGAGGUUCUCAGGCCAAUGGUCAUCAGCCACUGCGGUCUCUGCCCUCAGUGCGCCAAGAUGUCAGCCGGUACCAGCGGGUGGACGAGGCUCUCCCACCAAACUGGGAGGCACGCAUUGACAGCCAUGGCAGGAUUUUCUACGUGGACCACGUCAACAGAACCACGACGUGGCAGAGGCCCACAGCUCCCCCGGCCCCGCAGGUGCUGCAGCGUUCCAACUCCAUCCAGCAGAUGGAGCAGCUGAACCGGCGAUACCAGAGUAUCCGCAGAACCAUGACCAAUGAGCGUCCCGAAGAAAACACCAAUGCCAUUGAUGGCGCAGGAGAGGAAUCUGACUUUCACCAAGCCAGUGCAGAUUUUCGCCGGGAGAAUGUCCUGCCCCACUCUACCUCCAGAUCCAGGCUCACGCUGCUCUUACAGUCGCCCCCUGUGAAGUUCCUCAUCAGCCCAGAGUUCUUCACCGUGCUGCAUUCUAACCCCAGUGCCUACCGCAUGUUUACAAACAACACGUGUUUGAAGCACAUGAUCACCAAAGUCCGAAGGGACACCCACCACUUUGAACGCUACCAGCAUAACCGAGACCUGGUGGGCUUCCUCAACAUGUUCGCGAACAAACAGUUGGAGCUGCCGAGGGGCUGGGAGAUGAAACAUGAUCAUCAGGGCAAGGCCUUUUUCGUCGAUCACAACUCCCGCACCACCACAUUCAUUGAUCCCCGGCUUCCACUCCAGAGCAGUAGACCCACCAGUGCCCUGGUUCACCGGCAGCACCUGACAAGGCAACGCAGUCACAGUGCAGGCGAGGUAGGAGAAGAUUCUCGACAUGCAGGACCACCAGUUCUUCCCAGGCCAUCGAGUACAUUCAAUACAGUCAGCAGGCCACAAUAUCAGGACAUGGUUCCUGUGGCUUACAAUGACAAGAUAGUUGCAUUUCUGCGCCAACCUAAUAUCUUUGAAAUUCUACAGGAACGUCAACCUGAUCUCACACGAAAUCAUUCACUCAGGGAGAAGAUCCAAUUUAUACGCACUGAAGGGACCCCAGGAUUGGUCCGCCUUUCAAGUGAUGCAGACCUUGUUAUGUUGUUAAGUUUAUUUGAAGAAGAGAUAAUGUCAUAUGUGCCUCCACAUGCCUUACUCCACCCCAGCUACUGUCAGUCCCCACGCGGCUCCCCUGUGUCCUCUCCACAGAACUCCCCAGGUACUCAGCGUGCCAAUGCUCGGGCUCCUGCCCCUUAUAAGAGAGACUUCGAAGCCAAACUAAGGAAUUUUUACAGGAAGUUAGAGACUAAAGGAUAUGGACAAGGCCCAGGGAAAUUAAAGUUAAUUAUUCGAAGAGAUCACUUACUCGAAGAUGCUUUUAAUCAGAUUAUGGGCUACUCCAGAAAAGAUCUGCAGAGAAAUAAGCUGUACGUCACCUUUGUCGGGGAGGAAGGGUUGGAUUAUAGUGGACCUUCCAGAGAAUUUUUCUUCCUGGUAUCCAGAGAACUCUUUAACCCAUAUUAUGGAUUAUUUGAAUAUUCAGCCAAUGACACAUACACAGUACAAAUAAGUCCUAUGUCUGCUUUUGUAGACAAUCACCAUGAAUGGUUCCGGUUCAGUGGUCGGAUUCUUGGUCUCGCAUUAAUACACCAGUAUUUGUUGGAUGCCUUCUUCACACGACCCUUUUAUAAGGCUCUUCUCAGAAUUCUGUGUGACUUGAGUGAUCUCGAAUACCUUGAUGAAGAAUUCCACCAGAGCCUGCAGUGGAUGAAAGACAAUGAUAUCCAUGACAUCCUGGAUCUUACAUUCACUGUAAAUGAAGAAGUUUUUGGGCAGAUUACUGAACGUGAAUUAAAACCAGGGGGUGCCAAUAUCCCAGUCACAGAGAAGAACAAAAAGGAAUACAUCGAGAGAAUGGUGAAAUGGAGAAUUGAGCGGGGUGUUGUGCAGCAAACCGAGAGCUUAGUGCGUGGCUUCUAUGAGGUGGUGGAUGCCAGACUAGUAUCUGUCUUCGAUGCACGAGAACUAGAACUGGUCAUUGCAGGCACCGCAGAAAUAGACUUGAGUGAUUGGAGAAACAACACAGAAUAUAGAGGAGGAUAUCAUGACAAUCAUAUCGUAAUUCGGUGGUUCUGGGCUGCAGUGGAAAGAUUCAACAAUGAACAACGACUGAGGUUAUUACAGUUUGUUACGGGCACAUCCAGCAUUCCUUAUGAAGGAUUUGCUUCUCUCCGAGGGAGUAAUGGCCCUAGAAGAUUCUGCGUGGAGAAGUGGGGGAAGAUCACUGCUCUUCCAAGAGCACAUACUUGUUUCAACCGUCUGGAUCUCCCCCCAUACCCAUCCUUCUCCAUGCUGUAUGAAAAACUCUUGACAGCAGUUGAAGAGACCAGCACCUUUGGACUUGAAUGAUCUGGAAGAACAAUGCCCAGCAAGUCAUGGACCUGGAAUUUCAGAAGCUAUACUCUAGGAAUGACUGAACAUUGGAAAUUUCAAGAGCACAUUUCCAUGAGAAGAAAACUGAGUGCUGUUACUUUCCAGGGGCCCAGGCUUUGCCACAUUUGAGGAUUGGAGGCCUGUGAUGAGUCCUCUUGAAAGGAUUUGGGUGAGCUUGAUGCUCAGGGAACAACCCAACAGACUUUCAAUCAACAGUUCUUGACUGCCAAACUUUCUCCACUGGUUGUGAUCCAAGGCAAAGAUGAACCUGCACGUGAUCAUGGCGACUUUUAGGGACUCAGGAUUGAAACUCACCUUUGAACAUGGUUCAAGCUCAACUGGCAGCACUUGUCCCAACCUACAAAUUAGUGCAAGUUCAAUAAUAUAAUAAAAACAAAUAUAUUU